GUGGCGUUGCUAGAAUGUCUGAUCCAAAAAUGAUAAAAGAGAUAAAAGCAGCAGUCACAAUUCCAGUAAUGGCUAAAGUAAGAAUUGGACAUUUUGUAGAAGCUCAGAUUUUAGAAGCAAUUAACGUUGAUUAUAUUGAUGAAUCUGAAGUACUUACACCAGCUGAUGAACAACAUCACAUAAAUAAAAAUAAUUUCAAAGUUCCAUUUGUAUGUGGGGCUAAGAAUUUAGGUGAAGCACUUCGAAGAAUUACUGAAGGUGCUGCAAUGAUACGUACCAAAGGUGAAGCAGGCACAGGAAAUGUGGUAGAAGCUGUAAAACAUAUGAGAACUAUUACAAGUGAAAUUAGAAAAGCUUCAGCUAUGAAUGACGAAGAAUUAUAUUGUUAUGCUAAAGAAAUACAGGCACCUUAUAAUUUAUUAAAAGAGACUGCUGAAUUGAAAAGACUUCCAGUAGUGAAUUUCUCUGCCGGGG